GAGCAGAAAUGGCUUCAGGUGGUGAAGAUUCCAGCCACAAUAGGCCAGAAAUUCAGCCUGAAGAAGAUGAGAGAUCUGUCUUAAGAGACACAGAAGGAGUUUUUCGUCAUUUUAUGUUUCAAAGAUAUCAGGAUGAGACGGAGAGAGUUGAAGAAAGAGGCGAAAUGAACAGUCCAACCGCUAGCGCUCGUCCAGACGCGCUGGAGGAACUGCGUUCUUGUAAUGACGUUCAUCCAUUUUCGCAGCAUGUUCCUGUUAUUGGAAGGCGACUAGGAGAGAUAGGCGAUGAAAUAGAUGCUAAAUACAAAGACCAAUUCAAGGACAUGAUCGAUUCAUUAAGCCUUACACCAGCGACGGCCUAUGAAACUUUUGCCGCUGUGGCUCGAAGGCUGUUUCGAUCGGGCAUAAACUGGGGUAGAAUUGUUGCUCUACUCUGUUUCGGCUACGAGAUUGCUGUGACUGUCAUACGUAGAGGCUUCAGCGGUAGUUUUUUACGGAGAAUCAUUCGAUUUGUGGUGGAUUUUAUCUUCAACGAAAGAAUUGCUAGAUGGAUAGCACGGCAUGGAGGAUGGGUAAGUUAUACCCUCGGCAUAUCCUGUUUAAUCACAAGUAUUGAUAAUAAUAUUACAUCAGGCUCUUUCGUGAUGUCAAUAUUAAGAUUUCUCAUGAAUCUUGAGACUUCAAAUGAGUCGGCGAGAAAUUUAUUAAGCUUAUGUCUUAAUUUGACCCAUGUAAACACGCGAUCCUGGGUUUAAAAUCUAGCUCAUGUACCAGCUGCCUCUAGAUGGUUUUCAGGUACUUCCAAUUUCAAGUAAAUGUAAUCUUCUAUUUGUGGUUGAAAAUUCGUUUUCAACAUACAGAUUGCUGCACUAUAUGGUAACCGAGGUUUUUCUCAAAUUUUCUUGCUUUUUGGGCCAACAUCCUUGUAUGUUUUCAUUAAAAAUCGUAGAAGUCUUUUGUGUAACUCUCUACCAUUUGCUCUCUUCACAUUUCUUGUGUGCUAAUUUGUGGUGACAUUUUGUAAUGGCCUGUGAACAGGCUCCCCACUGGGUACAGAGCAGGUGUCAAAAAACUGGGAAAAAACCAUCAGCAAGUAGAGAAGGAGAUAGAUGUGGAAAAAUCUCAAAUGAGCUUUUUCUGGUUAUAAGCAAAAUCAUUUUCAUAGUGCAUGUACGUAAUACCAGAAGCUGUUUUCGUUACUGUAUCAGUCAAUUCCAGCCGUGCCAAUCCCCUCCAGACUACAGAGGGGCAUUUGCAGGCUAUGUUAGUCCCAGGGGUGGGUCAUUAGCAAAUUUUGCGUGGUCUGGAGGUGGGGCUUUGCCCACCCCGGGGCCACCCUGAGAUUUUGAAACACACAUGGUUUCCUAUCCAAAUAUAACUAAAAGUGGAGGAUUUUCCUGGAAAUACAAGCCGACUGGCAAAUUGGCGCAUCUAUCAAGGAUGUGAAAAGGUUGUAGAGUUUUUUUAAGGCAUGUUUUCAUGAUUUUGUGCGUGCAUUUCUUCACUGCUUGUCAAGCCAGAACUUACAUAGCAAAAUCAGGGGCUAUUGACAUGAGUUGAGAUAUUUUUUUGGUUAUCAAAUCAAAUUUCUGUUGAUCUAGGAUGUGCAUAAAAUUUAGUGGUGAUGAUUCAAAUCAAGAUGAUACAUGUAGCUUCACAGCACACUAAAUUUCAAUGUAAAUUUUUUUCACUUAUGAACUAUUUAAAACAAGAUGAGUAAUGAUAAUGAAAUAAGAAUCAUGAAGUGGUGUUAUCCUGGCAUGAAGUCUUAAUUAGAAUAAGGCUAUCAUGAAGGCAUACAUUCACUGAAACAAAAAGUUGCACAUUAAAAUGCUGAAAGUGGUGCUAUUUGAUUGUGUGAUCAAUGAAUACUGCUGCAAUGUUGAUUGAGGGCGGGACAUUUGUGCUCUUUUUUUUGUCUCCACCGCAGAGUAUUUGGCAACUUAAGUGUCCUUGCCGUCUAAGGCAAAAAGUUGCUUAUUCCUGAGGAGGGUUGGGGGCAUUGGUACAGCUGGAAUUUCCAGAUGCAUAACUGGGCAGUACAUUUAAGGUGGCUCAACUGGAUUUUUUAGUGGGGAUACCUCCCAAGUUUGAGCAUUAACUACGUCUGCAUGAGUAAAGAUAUUAUGGGGAAAAGGUUACCACAACUGUAUUAUAUAAAGAUGAAAAUUUCUUAUGAUCUGGGUUUUAAUGCAAUUGGAGUCACCAUUGCAACAUAAUGACGCCAUUAAUGUUUUUUCUCUGUACCAGGAGGUUUUUUAAGAAAUCGCUUAAGGGAGUAUGUACCUGCCAUAAUUGCCUCAAUUAUGGCAAAGUUUGAACAAAUUCUAUGACAGCGUUUUGGAAAUAUUUUGAAACGAAGUUUAAGCAUCAUAAAAACAGUGAAAUAGCAUGCUAUCCACUCAAUUAGCUAAUAUUUUAAGAAAAUGAUAAGCUUUGGAAAUAGGGCUUCAUCUCAUAGUGGUUUGAUUCUAUUGAAAACUGCAUACAAAAAAAGAGGGGAAUUGCUCUGGUUAAUUACGAGUAAGGAGAAUUAUAUUAACCUGCAUUCAGCUGCUUUUGUUACAGUUUUUGCACAUAAUUAACCAAAUUUUGGUCCAUGCAUACAAAUUUCGUAUUAUUCAAAAAACCGCUCGAUAAAUUUUUUUAUAAACUUGACAAUCACGAGAUCAAUUGUCAAUAAAAAUAUAUAUCUUGCAAGUUUCAAGGGCAUUGAAAACAGGUAAGGCUUUUAAAUAGGGCCUCAAAUGUAACCAAUUUUCCCCCCAGAUUUUGUGCUUACAAGUAAGCAUCCUCAUUAUUCACUAGUAUUGUUUUCAAGUUUCAUAUGCACGUGCACAGCGUUUAUGGCUCAUCCGCCAUUUAAUUGUACUGUUUUCCUCCACAGAGAGGUGUGUUAGAUUUCCGGCUACAAGAGCCAAGCUGGUACACUGUCAGUCUUGUACUUUUACUAGGAGCCUUAGCCGUGUUCACUGCUACAAAGAAGACAGGAACAUAAAACAUACAAAGUACAUGUACAUAAAUUUUAUGAAUGAUUAAGAAUUGUUCUCUCAGAGUGACUUUUUCUGGAGAAUUAGUAGAAAAAAUGCUUUUUCUGUGAGUGUCAGCUGUAAGUGUAAUAAUUACACUUAUGCUAACUUAUUGUUCUAGUCUUGUAUGAUGUACAUUUGUCCGUUUGCUAAAGAGCUUAAAUUAAAGUGCUCUUGACUUGUAGUCUGCUUGGCAGGGAUUCAGAGGGGAGGGGAGGGAAGAAUUUAAGCGCUUGAGAACAAGCCUAUCUUACACACCCAAAUUCCUCCUUCCCUUUCUUCUUUUGUAACACCUGAAUUGCUCGCCACAGCAAUGUACUUGAUAUGUUGCUCAACUUUUUAGGCCUUAGUAAUAACCAGCAUUGAAUUUCUACUGACAACAUGACUGCUUAAUUAAGCAUAAAUUAAUUGAAUGUUACCUCCUUUCAUUUCCCAGAUUUGGGACUUUAUCUAUUGAGCGCUUUAAUUUUUUGUUAUGGUGUGACAGUAAAAACCAGCAAUAGUGGUGUCUUUUUGGUGGAGAAUUCCCAAGUUGAUAUUAAGGCUUUAAAAGGCUUUUAAAAGAAAAUGCACUAUUAAAGAUUAAUAGUGUUCUUGCAUUCUUUGGU